GGGGUGGGGGAGGUGCGAGCGAGAGGAGGCUGAGUGCUCCCGUUCCCAGGCUAUAAAUACCGCAGAUCCGCCCAGACCGCGUCUCCAGGGAAGUCGGACUCGGAGUACGCCAAGAGAUCCUGUAAACAAUGGGAAGCAAAGGAUUCAUCCUGCUCGGGCUCCUGCUUGUCCUGUCCGUCCUCUACCACUCAGGUUAUAGUCUGCAGUGCUACAACUGCAUCAACCCAGGUGGGAUAUGUACUCGUAUCUCCAACUGCACGCCGAACUUCGAUGCCUGUCUUUCCCUCUUUGGCGAGAUACAGACACGUUACCAGUGUUGGACAUUUGCUAACUGCGAUUUCACACACCUCUCCGAACACUUCGGGGAGAAGAAGCUACAUUACAAUUGCUGCCAGAAGGACCUGUGCAACAGGAGUGGUGGGACGAGUAUAACCGGGACCACGGUUCUGCUGGUGACUCCGCUGCUCACAGCAUUCUGGAGACUUUUUAUCUAAAGUGAUGCCAGGAGAGAUUCUCCUAAACUCCCUGUUUCUGUAUAUUUCUUAUUUCCUUUGCUGCCACAUUCCCAAAGCUUUAUAUUUUCCAACUGGAUCCUGUUGGGAAAAUCUAAAACUAGCUUACACAACUUGAAUAGGAGCAAGAGACAGAGAGACUCCAACUCCAGACCAGUUCUAUUUGCAGGGAAGCCCAUUGGAGGGAAGAAGUUGAAGAGUGAAGCGUGUGUGCUGUGAGCUAGGUUACGUGCUUCUUCCUCUGCUCUUUGCAGUGACGGCUCGACUACGUACCAUGCAGUCAUUGGCUAGUUCCCCUCUCGCUCCUUGGAUGUAGUUAAAUAGUGUGAUGGGCACUUGGUGGGGGUGAAUUGGGGCAGAGAGGUUCUUUCCAACAGUCUCCCAGAGAAUGCUCUCAUCCUCUCUGUUUAUGGCCCUGUGUUCCCACGUAGGCAAGAUGAAUGUUCCAGAUGUGGCUGUCAGUCAGGGUGGCAAGCUUCAACAUGCAGAGAGAUCAGAACGACCGUUAUAUCCUCAACUAGAAGGUGUCUGGCAGAGUAGGAGGCAAGCUUUCCAGCUGCUAGGGUAUAGAAACCGCAGGUCUGUCCUUAUAGAGGUACCAGUGACUGAAAUCUGAAUCUUCUGCCUCUAAAUUUUGCAUGGGCUUUGCUGUCUUUCUCCAGAAGAACUUAACCACGUAAACUAAUGAUGUGUUAAAACUGUUCCCCUCCCUUUUUUCACUGGAGCGGUGGUAUGUUUUCAUUUUGUCACACACAGUUCAAGAUUAAAUAUCUGAACCUUCUAUGCUACAUGUGCUUUACAGUAUUGAGUGCUUAUUUUACAGAUUCUUAGUGGGAAUACUCUUGCUUUGUGUAUGUCUGCUGAGCGAAUGCCAUGGGAAGAGCUCCGGGGUUGCAGUUUGAGACCUUCAGGUGUCGUCAUGCACAGCAGCAGGUCUGCAGGCUUGUGUCUUCCCUGCUGACAUCCAGCCCGUUGACCCCUAGCCGACCCGGCACAGACUGUGUGAAGUUUAUUUGUAAGGGCUUUCAGCAUGCUCACAGAUGUUUCAGAAGCUCUAGCAGUUUCCUAGAGUGAUACCCCUUUUCAGGAAGACCUAGUUUCACCUUUUUCUUGUGGGUGCUGGUGAAGAAUUCUCAAGAUCUGGUAGACUUAAUGACAUUUGUAUUCUUAGCAUCUUGGCUGCAUUCAACAGAAUAGCCUGAGUUGUGCAGAUGACAAUGAGGUUCCUUGAUGCACAUUUUUAAAAAAAUGCUUUGAUUAUGUAAUUUGCAAGACAAAGUGGAAUGAAUGAUGUCUUUUGAAAAUAAAAUCUAAUCAAA